UCCUCACUGUGUCAAAGAACACAGAGUUCAUGUGCUGAGCAGUGAAGCGGUGAGUUAACAGUGAUUCCUGGCAGCUGAGGAGAGAAAUGACUUCCCACAUGGACUCUAAGACUGCCGGCAGCAUGAAAUAUGAUCGCUGGAACGAGACCGUCAACAUGAAUGAAGAGCCCUCACAGCCCACUACGAUGAGGAUCUACGACAGAGUGUGCAGACCUAUUGUCAGCAGUGGAAUAGCAGUGAAGGCAGCAGGAGCUUUGUCUGUUGUGGUGUCCAUGUACAUCCUAGGAUAUGUGACAGGAUACUACAUCCAUAAGUGUUGAUGAUGGAGACAAGACAUUUCAGAUGAACCACGUUAAAA